UCAAAAAUCAGUCCUAACCAAGAAAAGCCCUGCCCUCUUCUCUUUGCACCAGAAGAUCACAAAGCAGUUUACUUUUGAGUCUCCAAACAUCUCUUUUCUGAAAAUAAUAGCAGAUCAUUGGACAGGUGUAUUUAAGGAUGUGUGGAGAACAGGUGUAUUUAAGGAUGUGUGGAGAACAGGUGUAUUUCUGCCUAAAGUACAGUUGACUUCUCAGGAGCCUCUAAGAUCAGGGUCAUGCACUGAGUAGUCUUUUAAGCAGGUUUACUUGUCAACAGCUGAAGUCUUUUUGCCAAAUAAUUAAAUCUGUGACUUUAUUGAAACUGUCUAGCUGCCUAACCUCAAAAGACUUGGGGACAACUUCUCCCACUGCUCUUCAGUAGUGGUGAGGCGGGGCCACUGAGGAGAAAGUCAUGUCAGCAUCGACACGGACUUGGUGUGACAGUGAAAGGAAAUAUUUUCUCUCUUUGAACUUAUCCCUGUGGAGUCGUUGUGCCUCCUCUUGGGGAUCACCUGUUCAGCCUUGAUGGCCUUUCAGGACCUCCUGGAUCAAGUCGGAAGCCUGGGGAGAUUCCAGAUCCUUCAGACAGCUUUCUUUUGUAUCUGCAUCCUCAUAGCAUACCCUCAUAUGCUAUUGGAGAACUUCACUGCUGCCGUCCCUGGUCACCGCUGCUGGGUCCACAUCCUUGACAAUGACACUGUCUCAGCUAAUGGCACUGAAAUCCUCAGCCAAGAAACCCUUCUGAGAAUCUCCAUCCCACUGGACUCAAACUUGAGGCCAGAGAAGUGUCGUCGCUUCAUCCAUCCCCAGUGGCAGUUCCUUGACCUAAAUGGGACCUUCCCUAACAUGAGUGAGCCAGACACGGAGCCCUGUGUGGACGGCUGGGUGUAUGACCGAAGCUCCUUCUCCUCCACCAUCGUGACUGAGUGGGACCUGGUGUGUGAAUCGCAGUCCCUAAUAUCAGUGGCUCAAUCCCUGUUUAUGGUUGCCCAGCUGCUGGGAGGUCUGAUAUUUGGCCAUAUUUCAGACAGGUUUGGACGGAAGAUUAUUUUCAGAUGUUGUUUGCUCCUGUUUGCCAUCUCUGGGACCUGUGCAGCCAUUGCUCCCACCUUCCCGGUUUACUGCUCAUUACGCUUCCUGGGUGGGAUCUGUCUCAUGAAUAUUAUAACAAAUGCUGUCAGUACCAUGUCAGAGUGGACAGGGCCCAAAUCAAUAGCUUUGAUGACAGGGAUAAUAUUAAAUUCCUGCAAUAUUGGACAGAUACUCAUGGGAGGACUGGGCUUUGUCAUUCAAGACUGGCGCACACUGCAACUGACAAUGUCUAUACCCUUAUUCAUCCUCUUCUUGUUCUCCAGGAGUGUGCUGGAGUCGGCGCAGUGGCUGAUUAUUACCAAUCAGCUAGAUGAGGCCUUAAAGGAGCUUAGAAGAGCUGCACAUAUAAAUGGGAAAAAGGAUACUGGAGAGACCCUGACCAUUGAGUUUGUGAAAUCCACCAUGAAGCAGGAGUUGGAUGAAGGCCAGACCAAUGUGUCACUUUUUGAUUUGUUGCGUCCACCCAAACUGCGUGUAAGAAUCUUCUACCUAUCCUUUGUGAGAUUUGCAGCCACUAUACCCUUUCUCGGCCUGAUGCUCAAUCUGCAGCACUUUGGGAGCAACAUUUUCCUGUUCCAGAUUAUCUUUGGAGCUGUCACCUUCAUAGUCAGAUGUGCUGUUCUUUUGACAAUGAAUCAUGUGGGUCGUCGAAUAAGCCAGAUGGUGUCCUCCUUCCUGGUAGGAAUUCCCAUUCUGGUCAACAUCUUUUUGUCCCAAGAAAUGCAGACCCUGCGUGUGGCUCUAGCAACUUUGGGAAUUGGUGCUACUACUGCCAUUUUUACAACUCAUACCGUCCACCACAAUGAACUUGUUCCCACCGUGCUCAGGUCAAUAGCUAUAGGACUUAAUGCAAUGUUCAGUAGGCUUGGGGCAACUCUGGCUCCUCUCCUGAUGAUCCUGACAGUGUAUUCCCCCGACCUGCCCUGGAUCAUCUAUGGAGUCUCCUCCAUCCUUGCUGGUCUUGUUGUCCUCCUCCUUCCUGAAACCAGGAAUCAGCCUCUUCCUAACACCAUCCAGGAUGUGGAAAAUAACAGAAGAGAUUCAAGAAAAACAAAGCAGGAAGAUAUUUCCAUGAAAGUAACCCAAUUUUAAGGAGUUUCCAAGAGCUAAGCAAAAUAAGGGGGAAAAAAAUCAAGAUUGCUCCUUUAUGCUUGAAAAACUAGCCAAAAAUAUAAUAGACUAUUAGAAUUAACAGCACUAAAUAACAAUUUCCUAAAAUAAUUUAUGAGUUCAAGUAAUUCUGUGAACAAUCGCUUGGUUUUGGGAAUAAGCUGCAAAAUUAGUUUGAGAUUCAUCUAGAAAUUAAUAAUAGCAUCAUGGAGUGACAGUGGAACUGGCUGGUAUGUAAAGAAGCAUAUGGAGGAGUUUAUGCAAAACCACAACCAUCAAACAGUAACAGCAGAUGCCACCACAAAUCAGAAUAAUUCCAUAGACACAUCCAAGUAUGAAUAAAUACUUGCUAUAUGACAUUCUGGUAACCAAAUCACUUAUGAAUUGAAAACUUAUGUAAUAAAUAGCAUUACUUAGCUUUUUAGAAAUAAAUUCACAAAAUUUUA